UUGAAGCCGAUUGGUCUCCGCUUUUCCUUGCCUGUGGCAACUGACAGCACCUCCCAGCCUAGCAGGCCGGCUGCCUGCUCCCCCAGCCAGUCGGUGGGUCUGGGCACUGCAGCAGGCUCGGCUCCAUCCCAGCACUUGCCUGGGAGAAAGAAACGUGGUAUACUCACCCAGAGAGAAUCUCUUUCUACCUUCCUUCCUCCCCGAUCUCUCUGUGUGCUUUUGUGUUACUUUUUUUUUUUCUUUUUUUUUUUUUACUUAAUUAUAUUCCUAAUCCUGGAUGAAGUUGCUGGAUUCCGCAGCACAAGUCUUCAUGAACAAGCAGCACCGCUCAGAGAUUUCACGGCAUUCAAAGGUCACAGAACUGCCACUAUGGUUAAAUGUCUUGUUUAAUGGUUGAGAGGUGUGGCGAAAUCUUGUUUGAAAACCCUGAUCAGAAUGUCAAAUGUGUUUGCAUGCUAGGAGAUGUACGACUGAGGGGUCAGACGGGGGUUCCUGCUGAACGCCGCGGCUCCUACCCAUUCAUCGACUUCCGCCUCCUUAACAAUACAACAUACUCAGGGGAAAUUGGCACCAAGAAAAAGGUGAAAAGACUGUUAAGCUUUCAAAGAUACUUCCAUGCAUCAAGGCUGCUUCGUGGAAUUAUACCGCAAGCCCCGCUCCACCUGCUGGAUGAAGACUACCUUGGACAAGCAAGGCAUAUGCUCUCCAAAGUGGGAAUGUGGGAUUUUGACAUUUUCUUGUUUGAUCGCUUGACAAAUGGAAACAGCCUGGUAACACUGCUGUGCCACCUCUUCAACACCCAUGGACUCAUUCACCAUUUCAAGUUAGAUAUGGUGACCUUACACAGGUUUUUAGUCAUGGUUCAAGAAGAUUACCACAGCCAAAACCCAUAUCACAAUGCUGUUCAUGCGGCCGACGUCACCCAGGCCAUGCACUGCUACCUAAAGGAGCCAAAGCUCGCCAGCUCCCUCACACCUCUGGACAUCAUGCUUGGACUGCUGGCUGCCGCAGCCCACGAUGUUGACCACCCAGGGGUAAACCAGCCGUUUUUGAUCAAAACAAACCACCACCUCGCCAACCUAUAUCAGAAUAUGUCUGUGCUGGAGAAUCACCACUGGCGAUCUACGAUCGGCAUGCUUCGAGAAUCAAGACUUCUGGCUCACUUGCCAAAGGAAAUGACACAGGAUAUUGAACAGCAGCUGGGCUCCUUGAUCUUGGCAACAGACAUCAACAGACAGAAUGAAUUUUUGACCAGAUUGAAAGCUCACCUCCACAAUAAAGACUUAAGACUGGAGGAUGUACACGACAGGCACUUUAUGCUUCAGAUUGCCUUGAAGUGUGCUGACAUUUGCAAUCCUUGUAGAAUCUGGGAGAUGAGCAAGCAAUGGAGUGAAAGGGUCUGUGAAGAAUUCUACAGGCAAGGUGACCUUGAACAGAAAUUUGAACUGGAAAUCAGUCCUCUUUGCAAUCAACAGAAAGAUUCAAUCCCUAGUAUACAAAUUGGUUUCAUGACCUACAUCGUGGAGCCCCUCUUCCGUGAAUGGGCCCGUUUCACGGGACACAGCGCCCUGUCUGAGAGCAUGCUAAGCCACCUGGCGCACAACAAAGCCCAGUGGAAGAGGCUGUUGCCCAACCAGCACAGAAGCAGCAGCGGUGGCGGUGGCAGCGGCGGCCCAGACCACGCCGGCCCAGGGACCGAGGCUGAGGAGCAGACCGUGACCGAAGGCGACGCCCCGUAGUGCCAGCCAGGCCUGCCCCCUGCUCUGCACACUGAGAAUGCCAGCCUCCUCGCGCAGAGGCCUCUGGGAGGGCAGAUGAUCUGAGGGGCUCUUGCCGGUAAACCCAGCCCCUCUCUGGGUGUCGUCCUGGGGCUCUUUGGAACGCCAUCCUCCUCCCACUCACCUGCCUCCCUCCUUUUUCCAAGUGUACAGAAGCCACCCGUCACCUCAGCAUUAGCUGCCGAAAUAAGCAACUCCAUUCCGCCAUGAGGGAGCUGAUUCCAGGGGCCGGCUUGGCCCUCGAGGUGAAGACUGGGGAGUAAGAAAGAGGUGCUCCUGCCGUGGGCCCCUCGGGUCCUGGGUCACACUGAGACAGGUGGCACUUCCUAAGUCCAGAGCAUUUUUAGCAUUGGCCGUUGGACUGCUGAUCUGCAUGACAAAAACACCAGCAUAUUUGGAACUCCAAGGAUAUUGGUUUCAAGUGCAAGAGCACAAAUGAGAGCGUGAGAGAAAGUACCUUCUAUUUUAAUAAUAAUUAUUAUUAUAAAAAUAAUAAUAAAUCUUUUUAACUUUUCUAUUUUAUGCACUAGACAAUGGAUCUAAAACUAUGGGCAAACAUUACUCAAUGGACCCAAACUCGAACAGAGGGUUCACUGUUUUCUUACGGACUUUAUGCCACUUUGGGUCAGAGAUUUGGCAUCUUCUCAAUUAAGAAACCAUGUUUCCUAUCCGAUCCAAGGGGAAGGUGCUGUACAGUUCAUUCCUUUGCACCAUUUGCCAAUCUGUCUUUUAUCGAUAACUCAGAUUCAGUGACAUGUUUAUAUCCACACCUGUACAUUCUCUGUAAAUAUCAAGCGCUACUGAUUCCCAUGCCAAAAUACAUGAGUAUUAUGGGAUUGCUACCUGUAUAAACAAUGGCACUGUGAACAGAAUACUGUUAGUUUUAAUACAAGAGAAUGCAUUUGUAAAUAUGGUAUAGAGUUUAUUAAUAUACUAUUGUUUGCAGAUAAAGGCCUUAACUUUAAACAUCUUUCAUCUUCUGAAAGCUGCCCAACUUAAAUCCUCACAGAUGUCCUUCUGAACUGCCUUCCCAUGUCCAUCUUUAUGCUUUCCAGCUAAGGUCACAAAGCAAAACUGAAUAAAGUCUUUGAGGAAAUAUUUUGGAAACUUCACAUGCAUUCCACUUGAGACCAUAGUGUUUAAUCUGUGGCACCAAGCAUUGUUUCCUCAGAUGAACAAGACCCUUCAGCAAGCCUGAAGUCACUUUCAACACAGCAAUGUUGCACUCUGUUUUAACAAGCCAGCUGAUAAGCUUGUGUUUAUACGACUCUUGUCAUGGACAUGGCAGUGUGUCAGCCUCGCGGGACACAUAGCAGGUCUCACAAACCUUCCGUGACCCUGUCAUCUAUCCAUCAGGGACUUCCCUGCUCCCCUAGCACACUGUCGUCUGUUCUGGCUACAGUACCAAAGCAUCUUUGGUUUAUGUCCCUGGACCAUCACGAGCUGACUUCCCGAGUUUAAUUCCUUCAGUGCUUGAGAAGAAAGGAAUCAAAAAGCUAUUUUUAGUAAGUGAAAGCUAAAGUUAAAAUCAAAUUAAGAGAGAGAGAAUAGAUAUCACUGCCAGGCCUGAUAGGCAAAGCCUUUUUCUUUUUACAGCACCUGUGAACAGUCAGAACCUUGUUCCUGGAACGCUGACCUCCCCAUAACUCCCUGCUAGGCUGAGUGAAAAUCCUGCUCUGUUUCUACCUGCCUAAGGCUUCCCGCAAUGGGACGUGGAGCGUGUCCUGCAAAGCUGUCACCAGGUAGUGCUUCCUACAAGCCACAGACUUGUUUUGUAACCUUUUCUGAUGUUGAAUCAGAUCUGCUCACUGAUUUGAACAUUGGUUAUGAGCUUGUAGCUCACUGUAUUUCUUAUGCUUUGUUCUUUUACGCAAACCCUUACAAUUGUGUUGUUUUGUGUACACACGUGAGGUUUGAAAAAAAAAAAACACACCUUGUGAGUUUUUGCUCAAAAUGUGGCCGAAAUAUCCAUUGGCAUGUCUAGAUAAACAAUUAAAAAUAAAGAUAAUUCCUUAAAAAUAUUGCAAUAUGAAAAUAUUCUGAUUCUCACCAGGUAACAUGUUACCAGCCAACCAAUCAGAUUCAAGGUCAAGGUCAAGAGCACAGAUGCAGCCAUGGUCCACAGGACUCAUUCCACCAGGGGCUGCAGAAACAGCCAUGUCCAUGAAGCCAUCAUUUGCCAGUUAGUACCAAGAUAGGGAAAAAGGGCCACCAUUCAGCUCUGCAUUUCCCCUGAGUCCUGAUAUUCUUCUGACCCACAUUUGUCAAAUUCAUAGAUGAAUGAGAAUGAGGUACAAUGUUUUAGGUUGGGGAAACAUAGUGGACUUACUUGUGAAAACUAUGGUCUUGCAUUUCAGGAUUGGAAGCCAGCAAGAACAAUAGAACAGUUCAGUCAGGACAACUGAGUGUCUAAAUCUAUCUGGAAAUAGAGGAGAAAAAAAAAAAACCCACCACCCAUGGUUCCCAGAAACAGUCUUGUAUCUUUACAUAGUGUCCUCAUAUUCAUUUUGUUAAGAUUUGUAUUCAGAAUCUCACUGAUUCCCUAAUACUUCCCCAUGUCUGAAUGCAAAGUCACUUUUUUCAUUUGUCCACACUCCAUAUCAUCCAAUCAAAAUCAAAAGUGGGACCCCAGUGGUUUCCCAAGUAAAGGUCAGACAUGACUUUCAAAUGUACCCAGGAACCUAGCAGACACAUCGUCAAAUAGGCCAAGCCUAUGUAAGCAAUUGAAUUUAAAUCAAUGAAUUUUUUUUUAAAGAAAAAUCUUUUAUUGCAAUCAAUAUAGUAUAUGCUGUUUCAUACCCA